GUUCACUCGGUCUUACCAUUUCAGUUUCACUUCGGCUCGGCCUGUAAUCGCGCGUGUCCGACUCGGCGCCUCGAUUCGAAUUAUAUCAUCGGAAACGAAACGCUUGAUCGACAUUUUAAAAUUCAAUUAAUUUCUUUCCGGUACGAAUCGCUGGUUUGUUUCGGCAUUUCGUUUCGAAGCGGGGGAGGCUUUUCACAAGCGGGAGAAAGGAAUUGUUUGCUUUUCCGCGACCACUGCUGGCUGGAGAAAGGAAGCCGGCCAGGGACCAACAUUAACAUCGAUAAGAGAAAAUGGGAUACGGCACGGAGAUGGAUGGCUGUGGUCGCUUUAUGAAAUAUUCUUUAUUCUUUACGAACUUUAUCAUCUUCAUUGGCGGGAUUAUCGUGACGGGUUUAGGCGUGUGGGCCUUAGUCGACAAAGUACCAUGGAUAGGCGAGCUCAUGGGAAAUGAUUUGUUAACCGGCUCAGUUUAUGUUUUACUGGUUGGCGGAAUCGUCGUGACCUUUAUCGCUUUCUUCGGAUGCCUUGGUGCAUCGCGGGAAGUCAAGUGUAUGCUCUUGACAUAUUUCAUAAUCGUAUUUUUGCUAUUCGUGAUCAUGCUUAUCGGCGGCAUUCUGGGAUAUGUUUUCCGCGAAAAACUGCUAAGCACGGUUGACAGAGAGAUGAAGAGUUCGCUCCGACUUUACGAUCAUCGCAAAUCUAUCCGGAAUGCCUGGGAUGCCACACAAUCGACGCUCCACUGUUGCGGUGUUAACAGUUGGAGGGACUGGGGAAACGUUAAUCUUAACGUGCCGGAGAGCUGCUGUCGAGAGAUUCAACCGGGCGAGCGAUUCCCUUGCAAUGCUGGCUCGGACACGGUACAUCCCUCGAAUGCUUAUGUCGAGGGUUGCAUCAAUGGAACGCGAAUCUAUUUGCAGCAGCACGCGACUGUUGUGGGUGGCGCCGGUAUUGCAGUCGCAUGCCUCAUGUUUCUUGGAAUGAUAUUCUCCUGCGCGCUCUUCAAAAUGAUCGAAUGACAGCAGGACAGGUCUAUAGUCUGAGACUGUCCCCGUUUUUGUAAAGAGGGACGGAGAGGUGGUGAAUAUUCGAGAUCCUCAGGGGAUUUACGCAAUUUCUCCAAUCGACGAAAUUACUCAUCGCUACAAGAGCACCUGAUUACACCGUGAUAAUCAAAAAACGAAUCUCUAUCUGAUUGUAUAUUUUUCUCGCCAAUCUGUUACGUGUAAUUAGUUACACAUCAUGAUUACCAUCUUACUCUUUACAUUUUAGAUAUAAUUUAUAUAUAUUUAAGAUGUCUUCAUUUAGUUGCAUGUAUCAUUAGUAUGAUAAUGCAUCAUGUACCUUAUAUAUGUGCCGUGAUAAAUGCGAUCCGUUUAUUAUGCAUGUACACAUUUUUUUCGAUAGUUAUUAUCGAUUUAUAUGUAUAUCGAAUGAAGCGAAAAAGUCAAUUUUUCAA